AUGCCGUCUCUCCUCUCUCCGGGGAAAAUCCACUGCCUGGAGGUGGAGAAUUUUAAGUCCUACAAGGGCUUUCAAGUCAUCGGUCCCUUCUACGAUUUCACCGCCAUCAUCGGUCCCAAUGGGGCUGGCAAGUCCAACCUCAUGGAUGCCAUCAGCUUCGUCCUCGGCGUCCGCACCGGCCAGCUCCGCGGUGCGCAGCUCAAGGACCUCAUAUACGCCUUCGACGACCGCGAGAAGGAGCAGAAGGGUCGCCGAGCCUUCGUCCGCCUCGUCUACCACCUCGCCAACUCCACCGAGAUCAGAUUCACCCGCACCAUCACGAGCUCCGGCUCCAGCGAGUACCGCAUCGACGACACCCUCGUCAACUGGGAUACCUACAACAACAGGCUCAAGUCCCUGGGCAUUCUUAUCAAAGCUCGCAAUUUCUUGGUCUUUCAGGGUGAUGUUGAAUCCAUUGCGUCGAAGAAUCCCAAAGAGCUCACUGCAAUGGUGGAGCAGAUAUCUGGCUCAGACGAGUGCAAGAGGGACUAUGAGCAGUUUGAAGAGGAAAAGGGCGCUGCUGAAGAAAAAUCAGCGCUUGCUUAUCAGAAGAAAAAGACUGUGGUUAUGGAAAGAAAGCAGAAGAAAGAACAGAAAGAAGAAGCGGAGAAGCAUCUCCGCCUGCAACAAGAACUGAAAUCUAUGAAGAGAGAACAUUUCUUGUGGCAGUUGUUUAAUAUACAUAAUGAUUAUGUUAAAACAAUUAAGGAUCUUGAAGAUGAGGAAAAAAGUCGGGAAGGUGUUGUUAAAGAACUAGAAAAUUUUGAACAUGAAGCUAGUAAAAAGAAAAAGGAGCAGGCCAAAUAUCUGAAAGAGAUUGCACUACGGGAAAAAAGAAUUGCUGAGAAAAGCAUAAAGCUUGACAAGAGUCAACCUGAGCUUCUGAAGUUAAAGGAGGAAAUGACUCGUAUCACUUCAAAGAUUAAAAAAGGGAAGAAAGAACUUGAUAAAAAAAGGGUUGAACGGGCAAAGCAUGAUACUGAUAUAGCAUUACUACAGAAAGGCAUCCAGGAUCUUACAGCCAAAAUGACAGAACUUCAGGAAAAGGGAAGGGAUGUUGAUGAUGAGCUUGAUUUGCAAGGCAAUGACUUGGAUGAGUAUUUCCGAAUAAAAGAGGAAGCUGGGAUGAAAACUGCAAAGCUUAGAGAGGAAAAGGAGCUUCUCGAUAGGAAACUCAAUGCUGAUAGUGAAGCUCAAAAGAAUUUGGAAGAAAAUCUUCAACAGUUAAGAAACAGGGAGUCAGAAUUGAAAUCACAGGAAGAACAGAUGCGAGGAAGACUUGAAAAAAUUCUUAAUAAUUCUGCAAACAAUAGAACUGGCCUUGAAAACUUGAAAAAAGAACUACGUGUGAUGCAGGACAAACAUCGUGAUUCCAAGAAAAAAUAUGAAAACUUGAAGCUAAAGAUUGGUGAAUUAGAAAAUCAACUACGGGAAUUGAGGGCUGAUAGAUAUGAGAAUGAGAGGGACGUUAGAUUGUCUCAGGCUGUUGAGACUCUGAAACGCCUAUUUCAAGGAGUUCAUGGUCGCAUGACUGAUCUUUGUAGGCCAACACUGAAGAAGUACAACCUUGCUGUUACUGUUGCUAUGGGUAAAUUUAUGGAUGCAGUUGUAGUUGACAAGGAAUCGACUGGGAAGGAAUGCAUCAAGUAUUUAAAAGAUCAGAGGCUUCCUCCCCAGACAUUUAUUCCUCUGGAAUCAGUUAGGGUGAAGCCAAUAAUGGAAAGAUUGCGCACAUUAGGGGGAACAGCUAAACUGAUUUUUGAUUUUGAUCCCUCCUUGGAGAAGGCAAUUCUCUUUGCUGUUGGGAACACUCUUGUUUGUGAUGAUCUCGAGGAGGCCAAAAUUUUAAGCUGGAGUGGCGAGAGGUUUAAAGUGAACGUUGUGCUGUGUAAUUUGAAUCGCUUAGUUGUAACUGUGGACGGAAUUCUGCUGACAAAAUCUGGCACAAUGACUGGAGGCACUAGUGGUGGAAUGGAAGCAAGGUCAAAACAGUGGGAUGACAAGAAAAUAGAAGGACUUAAUAAAAAGAAAGAGCAGUAUGAAGUAGAGGUGGAAUCGCUAGGAUCAAUAAGAGAUAUGCAUCUUAAAGAGUCUGAAGCAUCUGGAAAAAUUAGUGGGCUUGAGAAGAAAAUUCAAUAUGCUGAGAUUGAGAAGCAUAGUCUUGUUCAGUGUUAUCGAAAAACGGCCAUGGUGGUACUAUGGUGGAAAUUAGAAGCAGAAUCAGGUGGUGGCAAAACAGGUUUGCAUGGUGGCCGCUUUGGCUGUUGCAACCACAGCCGUGCAAACUGCAUUGAGAGGUUAUUUUAUAAUAGCCACGAACUAGCACUUCUCCCUUACCGAAGAGAUGAGUUGCCGCCACUGAUGUUGUCCCCAUUGAUCAAGGUAGAAUGGGUUGUGCAGAAGGUUGUGCUUGGGAUUAAGGUUGUGCAAGGGUUAAAGCGAAGCAUUGAAGAUAAACUUUCAAAUUUGAGCCAAGAAAAAAAGACAAUCAAAGAAAGAAUUGAAUGUAUCAGUCCAGAGCUGAAGAAGGUGUUAAAUGAUGCUGUUAACAAGAGCAAUGCAGAAAUACGUAAGCUUGAGAAAAGGAUAAAUGAAAUUACUGAUAGGAUAUACAGAAACUUCAGCGAGUCAGUUGGGGUAGCAAACAUCCGUGAAUAUGAAGAAAAUCGACUCAAGGCUGCACAAAAUAUAGCAGAGGAGAGGCUGAACUUGAGUAGCCAACUUUCAAAAUUAAAAUAUCAGUUGGAGUAUGAGCAAAAUCGGGACAUGAGUUCACGAAUUCUAGAAUUGGAAGCUUCUCUAAGUGCAUUAGAGAAAGAUUUAAAACGUGUACAGGACAGAGAAGCCGCAGCGAAGUUAACUGCUGAGAAGGCUACUGAAGAGGUUAACCAGUUAAAGGAAGAAGUGAAAGAGUGGAAAUCAAAGUCAGAAGAUUGUGAAAAGGAAAUCCAAGAGUGGAAGAAGAAAGCUUCUGCAUCCACAACAAACAUAUCCAAACUUAAUCGUCUGAUACAUUCUAAGGAGGCACAGAUUGAUCAGUUAAAUGUGCAAAAGCAGGAAAUAUUAGAAAAAUGUGAACUUGAACAGAUUAACCUCCCGAUUAUACCAGAUCCCAUGGAUACUGAUAGCUCAGUGCCAGGCCCAUUUUUUGAUUUUGACCAACUUAGUAGGGCACUGAAAGAUAAGAGACACUCAGACAGGGAUAGAAUUGAGUUAGAGUUUAAGCAAAAAACAGAUGCAUUGGUAUCUGAGAUUGAAAGAACAGCACCCAAUUUGAAGGCAUUGGACCAAUAUGAGGCUCUGGUGGAAAAAGAAAGAGCUGUAACUGAAGAGUUUGAAGCUGUCAGGAAAGAAGAGAGGGAAAAAACACAGAGAUUCAGUGAGAUUAAGCAGAGAAGGUACCAGUUGUUCAUGGAUGCUUUUAACCAUAUAUCUGGUAAUAUAGAUAAAAUUUACAAACAACUUACAAAAAGCAAUACACAUCCACUGGGGGGAACAGCAUACCUAAACUUGGAAAAUGAUGAUGAUCCAUUUCUACAUGGCAUCAAGUACACUGCUAUGCCCCCAACAAAGCGUUUCCGUGAUAUGGAGCAGCUGUCGGGUGGGGAAAAGACAGUUGCAGCACUUGCAUUGCUAUUCUCCAUCCACAGUUAUAAACCUUCACCAUUUUUUAUAUUGGACGAAGUUGAUGCUGCGUUGGACAACUUGAAUGUUGCCAAGGUUGCUGGCUUUAUUCGUUCAAAAUCUUGUGAAGGGGCAAGGACUAGUCAGGAUGCUGAUGGUGGAAGUGGCUUUCAGAGUAUUGUGAUAUCAUUGAAAGACACUUUUUAUGACAAAGCAGAAGCUUUAGUUGGGGUGUACAGAGAUUCCGAAAGAGGCUGCUCGAGAACUCUCACAUUUGAUCUGACUAAAUACCGGGAGUCCUAA